GACAGCCGGGCGGGAUGCGGCGGGGCUGGGUGGCCGCGCUCUGCUGGGCUCUGUGCUGGGCCCUGGCGCGGGGCUCCGAGGACAUCGUGGUGGGGUGCGGGGGCUUCGUCAAGUCCGACGUGGAGAUCAGCUACUCCCUGAUCGAGAUAAAAUUAUAUACAAAGCAUGGGACUCUGAAAUACCAAACAGAUUGUGCCCCAAAUAAUGGCUACUUCAUGAUUCCGUUGUAUGAUAAGGGGGAUUUUGUUCUUAAGAUUGAACCGCCUCUUGGCUGGAGUUUUGAGCCAACUAGUGUGGACAUCCAUGUGGAUGGUGUUAAUGACAUUUGCACAAAAGGAGGCGAUAUUAACUUUGUGUUUACAGGGUUUUCUGUGACUGGAAAGGUUCUCAGCAAGGGUCAAACCUUAGGUCCUGCAGGAGUCCAGGUUGUACUGAGAAAUCCUGGUACUGAAGUAAACAUACAAGCUACUGUGACCCAAGCUGGAGGGAAGUUUGCCUUUUUCAAAGUGCUUCCCGGAGAAUAUGAAAUCUUUGCAUCUCAUCCUACCUGGACAUUGAAAGAGGCGAACACGGUGGUGCGAGUGACCAAUUCUAAUGCCUAUGCUGCUGGCCCUCUAGUUGUUGCUGGCUACAAUGUUUCAGGCUCUGUGCGGAGUGAUGGGGAACCCAUGAAAGGAGUCAUGUUUCUUCUUUUCUCCUCCUCAAUCAGCAAAGAGGACAUUAUGGGCUGCAACGUUUCUCCAGUUGAUGGGUUCCAAGCAAGAGACGAGUCUCUUUCCUAUCUGUGCAAUGUUAUAUCAAAAGAGGAUGGAUCUUUCACCUUCCUGUCUUUACCGAGUGGGGAAUACACUGUGAUACCGUUCUACAGGGGAGAGAGAAUUACCUUUGAUGUUGCUCCAUCUAGACUGGACUUCUUGGUAGAACAUGACAGUCUGAAAAUCGAGCCUGUUUUCCAUGUAAUGGGCUUCUCGGUCACAGGCAGGGUGUUGAAUGGCCCUGAAGGAGAAGGUGUUGCUGAUGCUACUGUGACACUGAAUGACCAAAUUAAAGUAAAAACAAAAGCUGAUGGCUCUUUCCGCCUCGAAAACAUAACAACAGGCACGUACACCAUUCAUGCACAGAAAGAGCACCUCUUCUUUGAUAUCAUUACAGUGAAAAUUGCACCGAACACACCUCAGCUGGCUGACAUCAUAGCAACAGGAUUCAGUGUGUGUGGUCAGAUCUCGGUAACUCGCUUCCCUGACACAAUCAAACAGUUCAAUAAAUACAAGGUAAUCAUGAUGCCACAAGACAAGGACAAAGCAUCUUUGGUUACAACAGAGACUGACCCUCAUGGAACAUUUUGUUUUAAGGCAAAAUCAGGCACAUACAGCAUCCAGGUAAUCGUUCCGGAGGCUGAAAGCAGAGCAGGACUUGCUUUGAAACCAAAAACUUUCCCUGUUACUGUUGCAGACAGGCCAGUGAUGGAUGUGACCUUUUCUCAGUUUCUAGCAUCAGUUUCGGGGAAAAUCUCCUGUUUGGAUUCCUGUGGUGAUCUGAUGGUGGCUCUGCAGGCUGUGAGCCGCCAGGGAGAGAAGCGCAGUCUCCAGCUUUCUGCAAAGAUGGACUCUGUGGCUUUCACAUUUGAGAAUGUGCUACCUGGCAAAUAUAAAAUAAGCAUUGUACAUGAAGACUGGUGCUGGAAGAAUAAGUCUUUGGAGCUGGAAGUUCUGGAGGAAGAUGUGUCUGGAAUAGAAUUCAGGCAGACUGGGUAUAUGCUGAGGUGUUCUCUUUCUCAUGCAAUUACACUGGAAUUUUACCAGGAUGGAAAUGGACCAGAGAAUGUUGGUGUUUAUAACCUGUCCAAAGGAGUUAAUCGAUUCUGUCUUUCAAAGCCAGGUGUGUAUGAAGUGACCCCACGUUCCUGUCACCAGUUUGAGCACAAGUACUACAUUUAUGACACAUCUUCUCCCAGUAUCCUGACACUCACUGCAGUUCGACACCAUGUCCUGGGAACAAUAACAACAGAUAAACUGAUGGAGGUGACUGUUACGAUUAAGUCUUCAAUUGACAGUGAACCUGCCUUAGUUCUAGGACCCCUGAAGUCACUGCAAGAGUUGCGCAGAGAGCAACAGCUGGCAGAAAUUGAGGCUCGCAGACAGGAGAGGGAAAAGAAGAGUCAGGAAGAGGAAGGAACAAAGCCACCAGUACAAGAAAUGGUGGAAGAACUUCAAGGGCCAUUCUCAUAUGAAUUUUCAUAUUGGGCAAGGUCUGGAGAGAAAAUCACUGUGACACCUUCAUCAAAAGAGCUGCUUUUCUAUCCAGCCUCUGUGGAAACAAUUGUCAGUGGAGAAAGCUGCCCUGGGAAGCUGAUAGAGAUUCAUGGAAAGGCAGGCUUAUUUCUGGAAGGGCAGAUUCAUCCUGAGUUGGAGGGCGUUGAGAUUAUCAUUGGCGAAAAGGGAGUGACUUCACCACUCAUCACAGUUUUCACUGAUGACAAAGGUGCCUAUAGCGUUGGCCCUCUCCACAGUGAUUUGGAAUAUACUAUUACUGCACAGAAAGAAGGGUUUGUUUUAACUGAAGUAGAGGGAACAGUUGGGGACUUCAAGGCUUUUGCUCUUGCUGGAGUGACUUUUGAGAUUAAAGCUGAAGAUGACCAGCCUCUUGCUGGAGUUCUCUUAUCCCUUAGUGGAGGGAUGUUCCGGUCUAACCUCCUUACCCAGGACGAUGGCAUGCUGACCUUUUCCAACCUGAGCCCAGGGCAGUAUUACUUUAAACCCAUGAUGAAAGAGUUCCGCUUUGAACCAUCAUCUCAAAUGAUCGAAGUGCAGGAGGGACAGAAUCUUAAAAUCACAAUAACUGGUCACAGAACAGCUUACAGCUGCUAUGGUACAGUUUCUUCUUUAAAUGGGGAACCUGAACAAGGAGUUUCAGUAGAAGCUGUGGGGCAGAAAGAGUGUAAUAUCUAUGGAGAAGACACAGUAACAGACGAAGAGGGUAAAUUCAGACUUCGUGGACUUGUGCCUGGUUGUGUUUAUCACAUCCAGCUCAAAGCUGAAGGCAAUGAUCAUAUUGAAAGAGCCUUACCACAGCAUCGUGCAGUUGAGGUUGGGAACAGUGACAUCGAUAAUGUGAAUAUUAUUGCAUUCCGACAAAUUAACCAAUUUGAUUUAAGUGGAAAUGUGAUCACAUCUUCAGAGUAUCUCUCUACGUUAUGGGUGAAGCUUUACAAAAGUGAAAAUCUUGACAACCCAAUUCAAACAGUCUCCUUAGGCCAGUCCCUGUUUUUCCAUUUCCCACCACUGCUCCGGGAUGGAGAGAAUUAUGUGGUGCUCUUGGACUCCACACUGUCCAAAUCCCAGUAUGAUUACACCGAACCGCAAGUUUCGUUCACUGCCUCUGGAUACCACAAACACAUCACUUUGGUCUUCAGUCCCACUAGAAAGUUGCCUGAACAAGAUAUUCCCCAAGGAUCCUACAUCGCAUUGCCUCUGACACUGCUCCUGCUGUUAGCUGGUUACAAUCACGAUAAGCUUAUUCCCUUGCUGUUACAGCUGACAAGUCGACUCCAAGGAGUGCGGGCGCUUGGACAGACAGGUUCAGACGUGGGUGGCCCAGAGGAUGCAAAGAGACAAGCGAAAAAACAGAAAACAAGACGGACGUGAGAUGAAAGGAAAGAUUGCGUGAAGUGACACUUCUGUCAGGUUGGAGCCCAAGGAGUUUUAGAAGACAGGCCACUAAACCAUAUUUUUGAUGAAUCUGUGGACUUCAUUGACUUGAAAUUUUUAUUAUACUAUGUGAGCCCUUUGUCAGAGUGACUACAUAUUGGUUGUAAAUUUUCUAUGGCAUCUACAGAUUGUCUUGUUUUAAAAUAAUGAAUUGAAUGGCUCUGUUGUCACUCUGAACAGCUCUUCCAUGCCGAAGACAAUAUUUAUCUCAUUAUUGGAAGCCUCCUAUUGGUCUAAAAAUGUAACACAUUCAUCUUCACAGAUAACUUUGCAGGGACAGUUCUAAUAAAAACGGUUUUGAUUUACCUCUCAGCCUUUAUUAUUGGGGGAGGGGGAGGUGUCUGCUUCCUUAUCUUUCCAACCAUCCACUUAAUUCUAUUAGGUCAGCCAUCAGGGAGUUCUGUUAAAUCAAUAGGUCCAUGAAAUAUGAAGUUUAUAUGGAUCUGUAUGAACUGGAGAACUAUAUCUUGGGUGUGUAAAUAGUUCAAAAACUCAAUUUUAGGUUAGCUGUUGUUUGCACAGCAAUGUAAUCAAUGCUUGCCCAGUGAGUAAAUUAUCUUUAGUUAAAUGUCAAAUAUUUGCCUGACAAAGAUGAAGACCGUCCUUGGCUUGAUGACUAAUGUUAAUGUCUGAUAUAUAUGCCCAUGUUCCCACUGCAAAAGUUGUGUAAAUUUCAAGUUUAUAUACGUAAUGUGAACUCUGUAGACUUCCAAUUUUCACAAAGUGGAUGCAGCAAGUUAUACCUUCCUUCCUGAAAUUAAAAUACAUCAUAACUGCAAUAUACAUGGCCUAUGGUCCUGCCUUUUCUGGAACUCUCAUGCCACGUGUGACCAUUUUGCCCUCUAGAGGGCUGCCUUUAAGUUGUUGUUGUAAUUUGUUUAAUUUAUUUCUUUGUUUUAAUUAGCAGAAAUUUGAACUUUUGGAAUUCUCAGACAAAUGCUGUCCUAGUAAAACAGAGCACAAUAAUUAACCCUACUCCUUGA